AUGGAGGUGCACGUCGGUCUGGGCAGAGUCUAUCCUCGGCCGCCGGCGAAAGCUUUUCGAAGUGCCUUCCAGAACCUGUUUCAGAGUGUCCGCGAAGCGUUCCAGAGUACCGGACCCCUGCGGGAGGAGGCUGGCCCCAGUCACCAGGCGUCGGCGUCCGCGACGGCGGGGUCAUCUUCCUCGGGGUCCCACUUGCAAGAGCCCAGCGCCCCCCAGCAAGACCCGGCUUCGCCCUCUUACUUGCCGCUGGAGGAGCAGCCCCAGGUGAGCAAAACGCUGCAGUCCCCCGAUGAGCGGGAGGUGUCCGCGUCCUCGUCCGCCCCGUCCUCUCUGGCCCUGUUGGGAGGUCCCUCUUUCCAGAGUUGCCCGGGGGACUUCAAAGACAUCCUGGGUGAGAGUAGUCUUCUGCAGGCGGCAGAAGGAGGCGAGCCCCGCGGAGGAGGCGAGGAAGCCCCAUCUGACAAAACUGACUACCUGGGGGAGAGCGCCAAGGAGCUGUGCAAAGCCGUCUCCGCCUCCAUGGGCUUGGCGGUGGAAGCGCUUGAUGCGCCCGUCGUCGUCGGCGAGGUGGCGGCGACCCGCGGCGACUGCAUGUUCGCUGGCGCGCACGCUCGGCCCCCCACUCUGGGCGGCUGCAAGAUCGUGGAAGCCGAGGAGGGAGGCGCUGGCGACGGCGCUGGCGGCGAGGGCGCUCUGGCCAUGGAUGUGCCAGGACACCUGAGCAUCUACAAGAGCUCUCCGGAGCUGGAGGAGCCGUCGGGAGCCUUCCCGAACCGAGACUACUACAACUUCCAGCUGGCCCUGGCCUCACAUGGGCGCAUCAAGCUGGAGAGCCCCUUGGAGUACGCACCCGGUGGUGCUGUUUGGGGGCCGCAGUGCCGGCGCGCCGGGGACGUGCCUGCUGCCUUGGCGCCCCACUAUGCCGGCCCUCCCGGCCCCGGCUGGCACCCCUUCUUCACCGAGGAAGGGCAGCUCUACGAAGGCGCACCCCCGGCCUCCUUCGGCUACGCCAGGAGCCAGGGCCCACCGUCUGGGCAAGAGGGCGCAGAGCUCCCACCGUCCGAGGUGUGGUAUCCCGGGGGCGUAGUGGGCAGGAUGCCUUUUGCCCCUGCCGCCGGCUGCAUCAAGACGGAGCUCACCCCGUGGAUGGAGGGCUACCCGGGGGCCUACGGAGACAUGAGGUUGGAGUCUGCAAGAGACCAUGUUCUUCCCAUUGACUAUUACUUCCCACCACAGAAGACAUGCUUGAUCUGUGGGGAUGAAGCUUCUGGGUGCCACUAUGGAGCACUCACCUGCGGGAGCUGCAAAGUCUUUUUCAAGAGGGCAGCUGAAGGUAAACAAAAGUACCUCUGUGCCAGCCGAAAUGACUGCACCAUCGACAAGUUCCGAAGGAAAAAUUGUCCCUCCUGCCGCCUUCGGAAAUGCUAUGAGGCCGGGAUGACUCUCGGAGCCCGCAAGUUAAAGAAGCUGGGAAACCUGAAGCUGCAAGAAGAAGGGGAAGCAGCAGGCCCCUCCAGCCCUACAGAGGAGCAAGCUCCAAAGAUGGCCAUGACACGCAUUGAGAGCCUGGAGUGCCAGCCCAUCUUCCUCAAUGUCCUGGAAGCUAUCGAACCAGGGGUGGUGUGUGCUGGCCAUGACAACAACCAACCUGAUUCCUUUGCUGCCCUUUUGACCAGCUUGAAUGAGUUGGGCGAGAGGCAGCUGGUGCAUGUCGUGAAAUGGGCCAAGGCUUUGCCAGGGUUCCGCAACUUGCAUGUGGAUGACCAGAUGGCGAUCAUUCAGUACUCCUGGAUGGGCCUGAUGAUUUUUGCAAUGGGAUGGAGAUCAUUCACCAAUGUGAACUCUCGGAUGCUCUACUUCGCCCCAGACUUGGUCUUCAAUGAGUACCGGAUGCACAAAUCCAGAAUGUACAGUCAGUGCGUCAGGAUGCGGCAUCUCUCCCAAGAGUUUGGAUGGCUUCAAAUCACUCCCCAAGAAUUCCUCUGCAUGAAAGCCCUGCUCCUCUUCAGUAUUAUUCCAGUGGACGGGCUGAAGAACCAGAAGUUCUUUGACGAACUUCGGAUGAACUACAUCAAGGAACUUGAUCGCAUCAUUGCUUGCAAGAGGAAGAACCCUACCUCCUGCUCGCGGCGUUUCUACCAGCUCACCAAGCUCCUAGACUCUGUGCAGCCUAUUGCCCGAGAGCUGCACCAGUUUACAUUCGACCUCCUGAUCAAGUCCCACAUGGUCAGUGUGGAUUACCCAGAAAUGAUGGCAGAGAUCAUCUCGGUGCAAGUCCCCAAGAUUCUUUCUGGGAAGGUGAAGCCCAUCUACUUCCACACACAGUGAUGGAGUGAGGGAGACACAGGAAGGGAGGAGCCCUUUGGGGCCAAGGCCCUGGAAGCCGCCGACCUUGUCCAGCCUUCACCUGCCUGUUAUUUUUGCACUGCAGUGCCUUGGAAUACUGUAUAUGCUACAAAGAUAUACAGUAAUGACAUAAACAGAACUAACCUGAGGGAUUCUUUUCAGUUUCGGUGACUCCCCACCUGGGAAUUCUCCUUUCAAGUGGGAGUUUUUUCGGCCUGUUUUGAAACAGCCCAGCAUAUGUGUGUGCGUGCAAACCCUGCACCUUCUCUACUUCUCUUUCCUGUUCUUAUAUAUAUUUUUAAUCUGGUGUUGUGGCAUGGUGCCAGGCGGCACUUGUUUACAUUCUUGGGCUUCUGCAUUUCCCACAAUGGCUUCUGUGGCCCUGUACCAUGAUGGGAAGUCUGGCAAAACACACACACAUCGUGUUUUGGGUGUUCCCUUCAUUGCUGUUAUAUUCUCUCUUUUUAAACAAAACCAGAAUCCAAGAUGACAAGCAGGUUGCUCAAAUCAAAUCCUGGGAGUGGGAAGAACUUCAUUUUUGGGGAGCGGGUGAUUUUAUUUUUAUUUUUAAACAGUUUUUUGAUCAACUCUUAUCUUUUCUGUGCAGUGUGCUUUUCCCCCAUUGUGUCGCAAGUCUCACUCUUAAGAUGCAGGAGGAUUUCCAUAGCAUAUAUGAGGACAGGAAGGGAGAACUGUCAAUCCUAGACUCAAAAUCAUAUGGAGGAGAGAAUGUAGUGGAAUCAUACAACUGCAAAAAAAAAAAAAAGUGUGUGUGUGUGCCGGCACAGCUGCAGGCAUCACACAGACUCAGAUUCCACAGGGCCACAUUUCUGCAUGUGAACUAGUCUCAGUCCCAAUCACGUUCCUACAACACGUGGCCACAAACCACUGCCUCAGAUUCGGCUGCUGUUCAGUGUGCCUCUCCACUUAACUCUGAGACCCUUACAGCAGCAUUUACCUGACACAAAGUGCCCAAAUCCAUACAGUGCUGUUCUUGUGCUCAUGAAAAAUGACACAAAGCAUUACGAGGAGCUGGAAGGUAGUGCUUAACCCUGCUGGUGCCCUGAAGGUUACAGAGGGCUGUUUUACAGUGCAACCCUUUUUUCUUACUUCCUUUUCUUUCUGUGGACUAUGAGCCAAAACUUUAAAAAAGUCACCCAAUGAAUGUGAGCACAUUCCAGUUUUGAGCUUUUUGUUUGUUUGUUUUUUGUUUGUUUGUUUCUCCAUCACGAAGGACACUCUCCUCAAAGGCAGCUCUGCAGUGCUCAGAGGGCCUCCAUCCAGCUGCUUUUGUCACCUACACCAACAUCCCUCCUCCCAGCUCUGCCUCCCACAAGUCAGAGGCACCUAAAGACCCUCUUGCAAGACUUUUCCUUGGAGAGCGUGGUGGGCGAGGGCCUCAGAAGCCAAGCCAAGUGAAACAAGGACUCUGAUGCCCCUUUGGGGUUCCUGAGAAACUGCACAUAACUAUGGUCCUAACCCACUCCACUGGGGAGGAACUUGUGUUUUCAUUAUCUUUUUUAAUAACAUUGUGGUACAUUGUAAAGAGAACAUGUAUUGGGAUGGGGAUGCGCUUUUCAUUUUUGUGAUUUCUGUAGUCGAGACUGACAUUUGUCUAACAGGAGUCAAACAAACCUUAGAAACUUUCCUUGGUUGUGGGAAGAAGGGCCCUCAGUCUCAAUAAGCUAUCCUAGAGCAGUCCCUGGCCAGAAAAUCUCACAGGAUGACACAAAUAGAUUCUGAGCCGUCGUCUUUAGGGCGUCUUGAUUUUUUCAGAAAGAAUUAUAUGUGGGUUGUUGUUGGGUUGUUUUUUUUUAUUGUUCCAGGUCAUGUCAUAGAAUGGCUGAACUGAGCAUGUGUUAAAAGCUCAUUGGUUCUCCUAAGAAUACCAUUCACAAUUAUCUUGUUUCUCAACCAUCAGUUUUAUCUCCUAACCCUAUUCUGUCCAUGCCUGGCAUCACAAGAAAAUAAUCAGAAAUUGUUUUACUCCUUUGAUUUUUGGAUGUGGAUUGUGAUUCUCUAGCUCACAAUCUUUAUUUAGGUAGCGAUAACUUGCUGGUCUUUAAUUCUCAAAAUGGCUUAAGGCUCCCCUCCCACUGCCAUGAGCAGUUUCACCUGCCUCCUUGUUCAACAAUGGCCUGGCAAAUUGUGGCUUUGAAGGAUCUUGCAUACCUUUCACAAGCAAUGGCUGUAAAGCUGCGCUUUGCAGUGAUGCAUUUUUAAAAUGACUGUUAGCCAUUAUCCCACUCCUCCUACCUCCCUCAGAAAAAGAGAAAAGCAGCCAUGGGAAUACUCUGGGCAGUGGUCAUUUUAAUAAUGUGGCUCUGUAAAGCUUAUUUGGUUUGAUUAUUUUCAGUGAUGUCACCUGCAGCUUUAUUGAAAUAUGUUUAGAAGAUGGGCUUUUCUUUUAAUGUUCAGACUGUUGAGAAAUUUGCUGCUUUUUGAGGGGAGGGCAGGAAGCACAUCAGAAAUCUUACUCUGUUUGCACCUUGAGGGGUUUUCAUAUUGUAGGGGUUUGGGGAUGCUGCAAAAGGAUUGGCUUGGCCAGGUGCUUCAAGAGAUGACAGAACACUGAGAAGUGACAAUGCAGCACCUUAUUUUGGUCAUGAAGUGUAUGUAUUUUGGUUACUUGAUGCAGAAACAACCCUCCCCCCAUGAUGUUCAGCAGUGCUGGUUAAAAAAAAAAUCAUUCUGCUCUUUGCAUCAAGCUGUUUUUCUUACAAAUGCAGCAUGUGGACGUGGACUCCUUUGUGGUCCUUAGGAACAAAAAAGUGGGGAAUGGACAGGUAAUGGACUAAGCACUGGAAAUAGACAUCAGAAGAGCCUGGCUGCUGGAUCAGGCUCACCUAGUCCAGUCUCCUGUUCUCAGAGUAGCCAAAUGCCCUUAAGGAUCUAGCAGUACAGAUAGACUCUGUGCCUGGAGGGUCCACAAGAGCAUCAGAAGAGCCUCUUGGUUUAGUCCAAUAUGGGCCCAUCUAGUCCAGUAUCCUGGCCUCACAGUGGCCACCCAGAUGCCCCACUGGGCCCCCACACAUUGUGCCUAGUAGUGAAACCUCUGAGAAAGCUUUAGGAAGGAUACAUGUGUCAUCAUGAAGUUCCAUUUGUUGACUCACGUUCUUUCAAGAUGACUCAGUUUCACUUGUGGUUUGCCUGCAGAGAGUUAGCCGUGGGGAACUUGCAUGGUUUGGACGCAUGCGCACAGGUAACUCACAAUUUGCACAGGGGUUGCAUUCUGGAUAUGGCACAUAUAUAAGAAUGUAUGCUCAAGCUCCUCCAGUGAGAGGAAUAUUACCUUCAGGAGCUGAUAUGCUGAACAGGUCUUACCCCCUUAACAAGGCAGAGAGCUUUUAAGCUCUCCACUUUGCUCACCAGGCUUUGGAAGGCUCUUGCAAAUCUUGCAAGAUGUCUAGAGAGAAAGCAUCCCAGUCUCUGUGCAAGAACUUCCCAGAACCCAGUAAGCUAGGCAGAGAGCUUAAAACCUCUUUCUUUGCUGGGAAAAUCCUGCACAGAAAGAGUUUUUGAGCUCUCUUCAUUGCAUGUGUUUAAUUUGCUCAAUUUCAGCUGGCCAGUUUAGGUUGAAAUCAUGCAAAUUAAACACAUAAGUUGUGGUGGUACCAUAUAUCUCAUUUUAAGCCUUUUCCCCUUCUGUGGGUUCAAAUCUUUUAGAAAGGUCAGCUGGGCAUCCAGUCAUGCAGAGCAAGACCGCAUACCAAGAGAACUGCUCCAUGUUCUUCAAAAGUGGCCAAGAGUCCCCCAACAUCUUAGAGACUCAAACCAAGUUUUGGGAAGUGGCAAUGAAUAUAUCUUACAUGUAUAUAGUCAACAACUUUACACACCCUGUGUGGUAGCCUCUCACCUACGGAAGUGGGCACAGUGAACUUUUCAGCCCCCUCUGAUUCUUUGCAUUUUGUUGCUAUAACUAGAUUUGUGCAAGACUCACAAUGCAGAAGGAUG